UUGUUGUUAUAUUUUUUCCUCCUUUGAUUUCUCAUUGGGAAAAGCACUUUGACUCCUGACUGCUCUACCUCAGACCUUAGAAAAACUCAUCACGCUCGCUUUUUUGGCGGUUUUAUUUUUAAUUUUUUUAAUUUUUAUUUUUUUCUGAGCGCCGAUCUUUAUAGCCGUAAUUGUUUUAUUGUUACUAUUAUUAUUACUAUUAUUAUUAUUAUUAUUAUUAUUAUCCGUGUGGUUGGUAGCGGCCGGGAUCCUGCGGCUGUGUCGAAGCGCUGGGCAGUGGGGGGUUCUCCUGUGUACCCCUUCUAGGACACUCGAACGAAGAUUUUUCUUCUUCCUCCCUUUCUUUUUAUCCUUCUUCACUUCUCCAAGGCUUUUAAAAGAUACGUACACAAAAAACAAGAAAAAAAAAACAAAAAGAAAGAAAAAAAAACAAAAACAAAAACCAAACCUUCGCCGGUGUUGUCGUCUUUCUAAAAAAAAAGAAUUGUUUUUAUUUAUUUUUUUCCUUGAUACCUGGGAAACCGCUGCCCCCCUCAGAACUAACCAAAGACAAUGGUUCACUGUGCAGGCUGCAAAAGGCCGAUCUUGGACCGGUUUUUGUUGAAUGUACUGGACAGGGCUUGGCAUGUGAAGUGUGUUCAGUGCUGUGAAUGUAAAUGCAAUUUGACAGAGAAAUGCUUUUCGCGAGAAGGCAAGCUUUACUGCAAAAACGACUUCUUUCGGUGAGAUUAUCAGAGCGAGUAUUACGGCCCUGGAAGCAAUUACGAUUUCUUCCCGCAAGGACCGCCCUCGUCCCAAGCGCAGACCCCCGUGGAUCUCCCGUUCGUGCCCUCCUCGGGGCCGUCAGGGACCCCGCUGGGGGCCAUGGACCACCCCCUGCCCGGACACCACCCCUCGAGUGAGGCUCAGCGCUUCACCGACAUCAUGUCGCACCCCCCGGGGGACUCGCCCAGCCCCGAACCCAACCUGCCCGGCUCCUUGCACUCCAUGUCCGCGGAAGUUUUUGGCCCCAGCCCCCCAUUUUCGUCGAUAUCCGUCAACGGUGGUGCUAACUACGGCAAUCACUUGUCCCACCCUCCAGAGAUGAACGAAGCGGCUGUGUGGUAGCUUUAAACGAACUGGGUCUAAGUAAGUGAUGAUCAUCUAGUCUGCUUAUUGUUAUGGUGUACAGAAAUGAAUUCAUAUAACAUCUCUCCCGCCCUAGGACAAUUUUACCUUGGGAACGAACUGAAUCCAAUCGCUCCAAGGCAAGCUUUGCUCUAGACCAGGACAAUCUUCAUGUUAUGGUUGUAUCAAACAAGCAAGGGGACUUUUUUGUACCAUUGACAAAGAAACUGGGGAAGCUGUACAGUAACAGUGCUGCCAUUCCGUAGGAUGGCUAAGUUUGAUUACCCUGUUGGAUGUCAUCCUAAGAGCCACAAUCCUUAGAAACUUCUCGUUUAAAAAAAAAAAAUAAAAAUAAUUGAAUGAAGGAGAGGUCAAAGAAAAGGGGAAAAAAGCUUCAAGAACUCUCUAUAGCGUUCCUGGUUAAGGAUGGUUCUGGCAUUAUGAAUCUGUUUGUUCAUUUUUGUCUCUCAGAAAGUUCGACAACAAGAAACUCUUUUUAGCUUCAGCCAUUUCAGCCUGCUGACGAUCAGGUGGGACAACUUUUCCUUUUUCCUUUCUUUUUUUUCUUUUCUGUUUUGUUUCGGUAGUUUUGGUUUGGUUUCGGUUGUUUGUUUUUUUUUUUCCAAAAAUAGCAAAUACUAAAUGUUAAGCCCUCAGCACCAACUCUUCUACCUUCACAAAGCUACACGUACAAAACCUCCUCAUCAUAGCAAAGGUCACCACCCAGACCUCUAACGAAAAUGACUUGAAAAAACAAACAAACAAAAAGUAUUCUACCUUCACAGAGAGAGAAAAGCUAAACAAAAAGACUCUAUUGAACUAAAAACAGUCAACUGUUUACGUCUAAUGUUAAAUUCAGGAGCUCAAUGUUUUACUAACAAAUCCUGUUUUAGAAAAACCUCUUGUUCAAAAGCAAAAGAUUUUGAGCAGCCAACCAAAAUAGUUCAUUUUCUUUUCUGUAGAUGUUCUAACAGAUUGCAGGGCUUGUGGUUCACUGUGCUAGUUUGUAAAAGGUGUUGUUUACAGAAGGCAAAGAAAAAAAAAACCCACAAAACCCAGACAGUUGCCAAAUAAAGUAAAUAUAUAGCACAAAUACUGUAAGGUGCUUUGCACCAGCAACCCGAGAAGGUGUUUAAAAGUGUUACAAGGUUAAAAAGAAAAAAAAAAUAGACAAACAUCUUUGCUAAUUUUUAGUCCUGUUGAACAUUCAUGGAAUUGUUAAUAUGACUUAUAUAGACCCACACAGGUUUUAUUUUUGUGUCUUUAAAAUAAAAGUCCAAAAUAUUUAAAUUUUAUGGUCAAAUAUGCAGUCAACAGCUGCUACUUUUUUCUUUAUAUAUUAAAUUUCUCAUAUGUCUUUUAUUGUUCUAAUGAACCUAAGCUUGUGUGACCUCCAGUGCAUAUUAGACCAUUCACUGUAUGAAAGAAAACAUGUUGGAUAAAAUUUGUGCGUUUUUAAUAAAAUUAGAAAAUCUGAUGUUUAGAUAACUCGUGUUUCAUUUGAUGUUUUAAGCAAUUUUUGGAAAUUGAUUCUCUGGAGUCAAAUAGCCCUGAGAAGGGAAGAUCCACGCUGCUGCUGAUCCUGGCAGCUCUUUGGCUCUGGGGGAAGCCUCAGCCCUGGUGUCGAUGCACACAGCGGCCACAGGCAGCUCCAGCCUUUCUUUCCAUCUCCAGGCUCAGCUGUUGAAGCCCAAAUAUCCUCUUCCACAGCAUUUUAAAUUUUAAAAUUCAGAAAUGAUCAAAUUAUUCAAUAUCUUCAGUUAUUUUCACUCUGUGCUAAGAUAGAGCAUUGGAAAUGCUGAUUUUAUGCAUAAAUAGAAACGUGUUGAAAAUGUAAAACGCUUGCAAAGAUACGGAUUGCAAUUGAUCCACUUUUAGUUAAUUCUCUGAAGGUAAUUUUGGGGUUUUUUCUCCUAAUUGGAUGGUUUGGACACAGCAUAGCCUCAAUGUCCUGGAAGUAAUUUGAAUCCUUUUCUCUUAGAGCUGAGGCAGAGUCAGUGCAUUGGCGGCGUUUGCUCGUUCUGAAGUUCUCUAAAGGCAGUGGGGGAGAAUAUUUUGCUUUGCCCUCGAUGCAGCCUCAUUCUCUUGGAGAAAAAUGAAACAAAAAAAUCCUGGAGCCUUGAGAAAUGCCAAAUUUCACGUUUUAAUUAUCGACCGUGAAUAUUCGGUUCUUCAAAAGCAAAAUUCCCGCUGAUUCCGAGAGGACCUGGAGCUGUGCUGGGGACAAAGAGUCAGGCUGGGUUCUGCAGAGCCCUGGUUUGAAUGUUCCACCUGCUGGGUUAAUGGAAAGGGACGAGCUGGGAUUGCAUCUCCUCCUUCCUCUGCUGGGGCUGCCUUCGCUUGCAUUCGAUGCAGACACAGAAUUUUAUGGUAACCCCCAGAACUCCCCGUUCCCAGUGAUUCCAUUAUUUCUCUCUUUGGACUGGGGAUGGGAAAAGAGCCAGCUCUAAAUGCUUUUGAGUUGUAUAGUUUGUGAUUUUCAAUGGUGAUUUUUGAUUUUGUUCAAUACCUAAUUUCUAUGCCCAGCCGAGGGGCCACCUAGAUGAAGCAAUAGUUCACUUUAAACACAAAAUGUCUUAUAUAAUAACACUAUAAAGAUAAAAAACUAUCUGCAAGGGAUCUGUUAGUGUUUCUAAAAAAAUAAUUCAUGCUUUAUUAAAUAGGGGAGACUUCUUAAA